AGAAUGAGAAAAAGAAAAAGAGUUAAAUGUGUUUAGGGCGGUAGAAGUCAGAAUAGUCCCAUCGUACUCACAAAGGAAACAAACAAAAGAGAGAAGGUUCCAUCUACAACUAGGAGAAGUUGUCUGCCCAAGAAGGGACAUGCGCACUCGCCCUUCGUCUAAUGCGUAUUAAAUGUGGAAAUGAACCCAUUUUAAACCCCUAACUGCACAGGUCCCUCCCCUUUUUAAGUUUUAAGUGCUCCGCAAUAAAAAUGGGUUAGCUAGAGCGCGUUCAGAUUUGUCAUCUGUCGCUUGGUUUUUGGGUUAUGGCAAUUCUUUUCUCAUUUAAUAAAUGUGUCUCUAAACUAGGACUCUUUGUCUAAGUGUUAGCUUGCUCAUUGUUCCCUUUCUCUCUCUGCGUCUCUCUCUCUCUCUCUCUCUCUCUCUUUCUGUGCGUGUGUGAGUAUGGAAGGUGGAUUUCCCAUGCUUAACUGUCUAUUACAGCACACACUAAGAAGCCUUUGUACGUGCUCAGAUUCUUCUAAAUUUUCUAAAUGGGUUUAUGCAGUCUUUUGGAGAAUACUGCCUAGGAAUUAUCCUCCUCCAAAGUGGGAUUACGGAGGCACUGCCCUUGAUCGUUCCAAAGGAAACAAAAGAAACUGGAUUCUUGUUUGGGAGGAUGGAUUUUGCGAUUUAUUUGAGUGUGAGAAAGCAGGAAGUGGGUACAUGAAAGGGAGGUUUGGAUCAUAUGUUUUCUUCAAAAUGUCUCAUGAGGUCUAUAACUAUGGCGAAGGGAUAUUAUGUGGCAACUAUUGCAGGUUAGUAGGGAAAGUUGCAGCAGAUAACAGUCAUAAAUGGGUGUUGAAAAAAACCUCAAGUGAGAACGAUCCUGACUUCAUCUCCUCGUGGAAUAUGUCUAUUGAGCCUCAACCUAGAGCGUGGGAGUUCCAAUUUAAUUCAGGCAUUCAGACAAUUGCUAUCAUUUCAGUCAGAGAAGGCAUCAUUCAGUUGGGUUCAUUUGACAAGAUAGCGGAAGAUCUCAAUCUGGUGAUUAAUGUACAAAGGAAAUUCAGCUAUCUCCAGAGCAUACCAGGAGUCUUUGCCAUACAAAGGCCGUACCUACCAAUCCAGCAUCCAUACAUUCUUAAACCCAAUACCAGGAUGGUAGAGAGCCAAGAAACAACAUUCUCAAUUGAUGAUAACAAGCACCAAAUAAUUAGAGAAAAGAGAUUGUUUGAUGAAAGAUUCGACGACAAUCCUAUCAAGUCCAUCAGCUUGGGUUGGAACAACCCACAAAAUGGAAUUGCAGGAGCACCCAUUUGGUCAAUUCCAACUCUUUUGCCAACCAUGUCUUGCAGUCUGGGAGCUUUGCUAUCCAAGCUACCUUCUGUCGUUCCAUCAUCCUGUGGUAGCAUUGAAGCCUUUGACACAGCUCUAGUUAACUGCAACAACAGUAACCGUAGAAGCCAGAGUUCCAAAGUUGAUACUUGUGGUUUAGCAAGAGAAGUUCCACCUUCUAAUAGAAACCUGGAGUCUUGUUCAUGUCAAUUAGAUGCUGCUCAUGAAGAAAAAAGUUCCAUAAACCCUAGUCAAGAGUAGAAAAUGGAGUAGCUGGCUUUGGACUCCUGAGGCAGGGAUAAAGUACAAUAAACCUCAAUUAAUUAGGAGUACCAAACUGUAUUUAUCAUUGGCUUUUGCUUUGUUGGAUGAUAUUUCCUGAUCUUAGGUCAUCUACGUACGCCUUUGUUCAUAAACUAUCAUGUAAUAAAAACUAUAAGAUUGUUGUUUAACGAA